GGGGUCGUCUUUCCCCACCGCUCGUCUAGUGUGUCCGAAUUGGGCCAACGUGUUUAGUAUGUAGGAGUAGGAUCUAGCAGUAGCACGUAGCAGUAGCAUGUAGUAUCCGAGCGGGCAGUUCGGACGCAGCACUCGUCCGUCUUGCAAUUGGCUGGUAACCCGGAAGUUAUUGGAAUUAAUAAUGAAGGCGCCAAUUCCGCUCAACAACAAAACGAAAACACAUCCUUUUUCUUGUGGGUUGUAGGAUUCACUUCGAGUUUUAAGUGGCUUACUUCGUGUUAUCCUCCUGUCUUAUCGACAUGUGUGAAAAGAUAAACAAGGUAACCUUAUUUGUCUUCCUGACCCCGUUUUAAUGUGAAUGCAGUGACUGACUUCUCUGUUCGUCCUGUGUUUUCAUGUCUCUGGUCAGGUGAACAGCUGGCUCAGCACGGUGUUUGGAGAUCAGCCGGUGCCACACUUCGAGGUCAACACCAGAACAGUGGAGAUUUUGUACCAGCUGUCACAGUCCAGCGAGGCCAGGUGUAGUGAUACAGGUCUGCUGAUAGAGGACCUCAAACAGAAAGCAGCAGAGUAUCAGGCUGAGGGUAAGAGAGAGGAAGCGGUUAUUAUGCUCAUAUUUGGGCAGGACUACAUUCAGAUUUGAUUUUCUUUUGCUGAGAUUUUACCUGUUCAUUUUUAAGUGCAAUAUCCUUUUAAAGUAAUGAUGACAAAAUGUAUGAUAUUGAGAUCUAAGUUGUAAAGUGUUCAGUGUUGGGUCUGAUUGUGACUCAUUUUUACCAAAUACAGACUAACGCAGCUCAUACAGCAGACUCAGCUCUGAAAACUGAAUAAAACUGCAUUUUCAUGCUGUAUUUUCUCUGUUCAGAUGCUCAUGUCCGGGAUGUUCUUCUACAAGGUGUUGGCCUGUCCUGUGGAAGUUUGUCAAAGUCUGCUUCUGACUAUGUGUCUGCUCUGGUGGACUCUGCCAUGGUGCUCGGAGUCAGGGACACAUCAUUGGGCAGGUAAAUUAUUGAUCCACUGUCUGAAUAGCAUUUCUUUAUCAGUUAUAAUUCUUUUUAACUUUCUGUAACUGUCUUGUCUAGCUUUAUGCCAGCAGUGAACAACCUCACAAACGAACUUCUGGAAGCAGAGAAGUCAAACAGGACACUCGAGCGUGAACUCAAAGCCCUCAGAAAGAGACUUGGAGCUACUCUGGUGCUGCGGAGGAACUUACAAGAGUAAGAGCGUGGAUGACUCUGACAUGUUGAUUUAGCCGUUACAUAGACUGCUGCAUACAGUACACUUUAUAUGCAAUAAAUACUCUCUAUUGUCUUUAGGGACAUCAACAAAACAGUGAGAUCUCAGGCAGUGGAGAGCGCUAAAGCAGAGGAACGACUCCUCAACAUGGACUUUGUUGCUGCAAAGGCUAAAGAGCUCAGCAACAGACGAGAGAGGGCAGAGGUACAAACUGAGUGAUUCAUGUUUCAUCUGUCGCAGCUGCGCUUUGCAAAUGAAUGUGGACAUUAAGGUGCAAAUACAUUACACCAGGGUGUUAUCACAGGGAAUGAGGAAACAGGACACACUUCAGUGCAGGCCUUUUAAACUUGUGGCUGUGGGGUGAAUAUUGCCCCUUUUAAAUUUUCUGUGGCCUGCAAGAGACUGUCUCCUCAUCAGGCUGGAGUGUCUGCAGUAUUAUAGUGACUAAUGCUGAGGUCGAGAACAUCUGCUGGCCCUGCUCCUUUGGCCCCACUCACACACAAAUUUAUGCCGACUAAUAAUUUAUGCCAUUUGUACAUAAUGUUAUUUGGUAACGUCAGUGUCAUUGGUUUUGAUAGUUUUGAUACCUCACAUAAUCAGCCACAGGUUUCCUCUUCGUAUGGUUCAACUGCUGUUAAAACAAUAAUGUUUUUAGCAUUAGAUUAUGGUGCUGAUGGAGAAAUAUAAAUCCUGAGGAAGGCAUGGAAAGCGAGGGGAUGAUGUUGGUGUGUGUAUGAAAAGAGGGGAGGUGUAGUGUGAGGAGGGGGCAGAUAAAUUUUAACAAAGCCUGCAAAAUAUUUGUUUUUCUGUAACCGAGGGGUAAACAUAGUGCUUUACAAACUUCCUAAACGUGUACAUGGAAAGUCCAAAACAAUUCAGCGUUUCUUCUUCAAGACUUUUCAUUUGGCAUAGAUUUUAGUGCCCCCCUGUGGACAGAGUGGUGCUUCUUAUCCUUUUAAUUUUUUUUUUUAUUACCUCUUAUCUCAUUUUGAUGUCUUAUCUCUCAACAACCUCAUAUUUUUUUUUGUGGAAAAUUUCACCACAGGAUCCUUCAGCAGGGUGCUGUUAUUGCCUUCCCUAACACUGACACUAAAAUCCACUGUACAGCAAUAAUCUGUCCUCUUUCUGAUGGUUCGAUUUGUAGGUCAUAUCAAAGCAUCAAUAUGAAAUUCUAUCUGUUUCAUGAACCGUGAGAAACUCCACACUGGAGCUUAAUCAGAGAUAGGCUGUAGUUUUGACCGGGGUAAAGUGUGGGCAUCAUGUUUCUGCUCCAGGUUAAGGGCACUGAGCCGAUGCUGUGGACAGGGCCAACAGUUAACGCCCUGCUAUUGUCGGGAAGGACCAGAUUUUCUAAAUACACACAGCUACAGCAGCCAAAGUGACGCUCGGUCAUGGAGCUUGUGAGUCCGAUUCAUUCUCCAUUUAUCUCUCCUGCAGGCUCAACUUCAAUCCAGGCACAUGGACAAGUCACUCACACACCAGGCUAUUGUGCAGCUCUCGGAGGUAACCCCAGCUGUUAUACAUGCAACACAUAUGAAAAGGGAAAUCUCUUCUUUCAGGCACUUACCCUUAUUUUUCCUCGCUGUAGGAAGUCACAGCGCUAAAACAGGAAAUAAUCCCCUUGCAGAAGAAACUGGAGCCUUACAUGGACUUAAGCCCAGUAUGUCUGAGUUCACUUUUCUCUUAUAGCAGUUGAUUCAAUAUUGUCAUAUAUGUGUAUCUUUUUAUUUCAUUUAUCAGGAUUUAGAUUUAAGUUCAUGUGUGACUCUGUCUUUAGGUUUGGUUGAAAAAAUUUUAGAUUCAAUUUUAUGUUUCGUUGCAUAUGAAUUUAAUUAUUUUUUCAACCUCCUGAAUCUCCAGAGUCCAUCACUUGCGCAAGUAAAAAUAGAGGAAGCAAAAAGAGAGUUGGUGAGUAUCAAAAAGUUCAUUUCAUCAUAGAUUAAAUGUGUUUGCACAUUUCCUCGCUUGAAUACGUGUUUGUUUUCUCACUUACAGGCUGCAAUUGAUUCUCAGCUGGAGAUGAACGUGGACUUCAAAUGAGAUGUCAGUGAUAUAAAAAAAAUCUCCCGUUUCAAACUGUAUAUUUUCUGUCACUUAUUGAAAAUCUAAUAAAGCAUUGUAACUUAU